ACGCGUUUUGUUGACAGUUGUUAAUUACAAUUGCGAGUAGAUUAUUCGAAUUGAAUGAAAAAUAGCUUUGAAAACAUAAUGGAAGUGAUUGAAAAAGUUUCGGAAAAUGAUUACGAAUUAGAUAUAAAUCCAAAGAAAGUAUGUCGCUUGUGUUUAUCACAACCGCCUAAUCUACAAAAUAUUUUCUCCAAUUCUAUUGUGGAUGGUUAUAUUAUUAGUAUUCCAGACAUGUUGGCAUUUACGGUUGAUAUAACUGUUGCGACAGAUGACAAACUGCCUAGUAAAAUUUGCAUCGAUUGCAAAAAGCAAAUUGUUACUUUCUACACAUUCAAACAAAAAACUAAACGAACUGAACAGUCACUAAUUUCAAUGUUUUCAUCCGACACAAAUACCGUACAAGAGGUACAUGUCAUUCCAGAUUCGAUUCAAUGUUCAUUUUGUAACGCUACAUUUGAUACAGAAAAUGCUUUUAUGCAACAUGCACAGCAAGACCAUCAGAAUAUUGAUAUUUUCGUCGAUAAUACAAGUGAAAAAAUGAAGAGAACCUAUUCCAAAGGACAAGAAAUUGAGUUUUACGACUUUGAUGCGAUUGGAAACGCAGAAAAUAGCAUUGAAUCUGAUAUCACUUCAAAAGUUAAUCAAAUUGAGGAAACUGACGAGCUGACAACUAAAUUCAUUGAAGAGAACUUUGAAAUGACGAAAAAGUGGAAAAUGAAGAAGUAUACUGGAAAUGUCGUAAACCAUAUGGAUAACAAUCUGACAUUUGAAUGCCACGAAAAGCAAUCGAUGUCAUGGCAAACGCAAACAUAUAGACAUCAUAAUAUAUCACAUUCAAAUUCUCAAUCAGACGAAAACAACAGAUUAAGAAACGGACAGCAAUUAAAGCAGAAAAGAAAUAAAUUACUUGAUUUUAUUGCGAGAUAUUUGCAUUUUCCCACAUGCCAUAGUUGCUGUCUGCUAUUCGCCUCUAAAAAGAAGCUUAAUGAACAUAAUUUAUACAUGCAUCCAAAAAUGUCAUUAGAUCAAAUCGACGACUCCUACACUGAAUAUCAAAUUCUUUGCGAAGACAAACAAUUCCAAUCAAAAAAGGGUGAAAUUUAUUCAUGUGCGGAAUGUAGAAAAGGAGGUAGAAAGACAUACAAGACUAUUGGCGAAUUAAAGUAUCAUAUUAUGUCACAUUCUAAAAUAUUCAAUUGCCCAAAUUGUGGUUCCAAAUUUUCUAGUUUUGAACACCUUUGUAUCCAUUUGCUCAACAAACACGUUAAUACAAAACACUUGCAAUGUAUGUAUUGUAAUGAGUCAUUUCACUCUUACAAUGAGCUUCAGAAACAUCUUAGAAAUGUUUGUAUAGAAAAAAAAUAUGAGUGCCACGAAUGCGAAAAAAAGUUUGAUUCAAAAAAGGCGUUACAACAACAUUUGAAAUUGAUUGGAAACAAAAAAUUCGCAUGCAAAAUAUGUAAGAAAUCUUUCAAAAAACGAGGAGAACUUACAAUUCACAUGCGCUCUCAUACGAAUGAACGUCCAUUCAAAUGCACAAUAUGCGAAAAAUCAUACAAGACGAGUAGCAUGCGUACGUCUCACAUGGACACUCACAUCAAUGGAAAGACUUUUAAAUGUAUAAUAUGCAAAAAAAUGCUACAAAGUCGAGUCACACACCGUACACAUAUGAAUCGUCAUACGCAAGAAAAACGUCACGAGUGCAGAAAUUGUAAUAAGCGCUACUUUUCAAAAUAUCAUCUGCGCCUUCACGAGAAGAAAAUCCAUAAGGAAAUUGCUAUUAACGAUGAUGGGGCCUUUAAUAUUUUGAACGAUGACAUGAACGAUGAUGAAUUAAUCAAAUUAAUUAACGAAGACGAUGACAUCAUGAAUUGUUUUCUAAACAUCACCGCAAAUGAGUAAAAAACAUAGAAACGGUUACGUUGUAUACUAAUAUGAUUGCGAAAUAAUUGAGAGAGUCAAUAUACCUUAGAACCGUGAAAGGUCUAACCUAACGUUGCUCGUGAAUCUGGGCAAUGAGUUUCCCUAGUGUAUUUUGUAUGGAAAUUCUCAUUUUUCAUAAAAUUUGUAUGAAUAAUCCCAAUUAUUUCGUGAAUUUUUAAUUAAAUUUGUAUAUAUUGGUAGGUAAUGGAAAUGUGGUCAAGUAUUACAUAUUUUCAUGCGUAUAUGUACAUAAGUAAAAAACACUUCUUUCGAAGUUCUCACUGUGACGCAAUACUGCACAUCUGAAAUCUGAAAAUGAUCUGA